GCGAGCACGUAUCCCGGCAGCAUUAGAAGAAGCAGGCGGAGUUCCGCACGCUUUAGGAGGGUUUUAGCUGUUCGGGAAUAAAAGUGAAACUUUUCCGACAUCAUGAACGGAUCCGCACACAACGCGCCGAGCGUUGAAGAAAUAACGCUGAAAAGAGGCUCGGCUGGUCUGGGGUUUAAUAUAGUAGGUGGAGUGGACCAGCAAUAUAUUAUGAAUGACAGUGGAAUCUAUGUGGCAAAAAUCAAAGAAAACGGAGCAGCUGCACUGGAUGGACGUCUGCGGGAGGGAGACAAAAUUCUUGCGAUAAAUGGCCAGAAGUUGGACAAUCUGUCCCACGGUUCAGCAGUGGAGCUGUUUCGGUCUGCAGGGGAAGAUGUGCAUCUUCGCGUACAGCAGCGACCUAUCAUGCAGAACGGCCCCACCAGCUCUCGUGCCGAUGGAGAAUCUUCAUCUGCUUUCGGCACAUGGACAAUGUAUACUGUAGCUGUCCUGGCAGUAAUAACAGCAGCAGGUUUCAUUGCUUACAAACGCUUUCAGUUGCACCCCCGGGGGUCCCGGGGCCCAUUUUAACCCAUCACAUGAUCACAUGACAUUUUAUAGACUAAAUCUCUUUUUUUUCUUUUUGAUUUGAACCAUUUCUGCUGAGGGCCCAAACAUUAACAGGGAGCGAAAAUGGAAGCCAGUUAAUGUUAGCAGAAUGCGCAGAUUUUCUUUAAUUGUUUCUACCGUGUUAUGACCACACACUUGUAGCUAUAACAGGUUUUCACAAUUCAUUUGGUGAUAAUCAUUGGCGCUUAACCAGAAUACCCAGCAUGCCUAAUGACAUUGCAUGGUGGAAUAAGGGGACAGGUAUGAUGAGCACAGUGUUUGGAUCAAGAGCUGCAGAAAUCUCCAUAAUCUGAUUUAGACAGAGGCAGGAGACAGAGGCUGAGGUGGAACUGUGUUUCCGGGCAGAAGACAGACCCACAGAGAAGUGAUUUUUCUCAUCUUGUACCUCUGGAGCGCUGGAAUGAGCCCGAGGUGUGCCAUUCGAUUUUUUUUUUUUUUUUUUUGAGGUCUUCUCAGGUACCUGCUUGUGCAAGAGUAAGUUUGAAAGCGUGCAUGACGUGAAUGGAGUAAACUUUUUCUCAUUUUUAAUGCUAUAAUUUCUCGCUCAUCCAAGUUCAGACAUGCAGGAUGCAUUUCCGUGGCUGCAGUAGUGAUGGGGGAAGUGAAGACUUGAAGAAGAAUUGUUUAUUUGCCAUCAGGGCUUGGCCUUGUAUUUGCUCUUCCUCCCUCGAGGGGGAAAAAACUAGAGGUGGCACUUGUUAGAAUUCACAAUCAAAAUGAAAAUUGAAUAUUAUUGGUAUUGUAUAUGGCUUGGAAUCGCCUCGUCUCGUACACUGAAGGGUUUAUGCACCUCUUUCAACUUGUGCCUUGCCACAUUGAGUUGCUGGUCUCAGUGCUGCUCCCUGUCUGCAAUUUUAGGAGCGGCAGCUUUUGCUGUUUCUGUAAUAUCUGUUCUGAACUUGACAAAUGUGUCUGUUAUCAUAGCGGUUCUUCUCCAGCUCUGUAUGGAUGAAACCUCGUGUAAAGUCUUCAUGAAAUGCUCAUUCACAUAAAAAUAAUGUUACCGUUCACAUGCAUUGUGCUUCUCGGUGUUUGAAAUGUGUAUAUAAUAAAAACGAUUCAAAUGGCUCAAAAGAA